AUCUCUUUGGUCGUGUCUGACUCAAAAAGAACCGAAAGAGCCUGUCCCACGAACUGUCGAAGUUUGCAGAGGAUUACCGACUCACAAGGAGUCUGAUGAGUGAGCUGCUGAUCCUAUUAGCAUGUGUACUGAGGACAUGAGUGAGCCUGGGGCGAACUGUAAGUUUCUUUAAUGACAAACAAAACUUACUGGAAAUAUGCUUAUGACUAGUUUUAUUAAAUAACAUUUAAACUGAAACAUGCAAAAACUUUUCAGUCGAGAGAUGUAAAUGAACUGUACUAUUGUUUAUUGUGCUUGCAGAUUAUAUUUUAAAGCUGAAUCAUGGUUUCUGGUGAGUUGAUUAAGACUAGUAUAUUCUAUUUAUAUACUUUAGACACAUAAAACAUAUUCAUGUUUGUGCAUUAUUGUAUGAAUUGGGUGCUUUAGGUGCAAAACUUUAAUGUAGGAUAUUAUCCAUGAUGUAAUCAAUAUUUGUCAGACGUAUUCGACAUGCAGGAUGACAGAAUGAAACACUGAUGACAAUAAACGGCAUUAUUAUUAUAACUUAAUUGAAUAAAAGGUAAUAAUCAGCAAUAUGCAUUCACAUAUGGCUUUAUUUAAAUGUUUGAGUGUGAAAACCAUGACUCCGGGAUGUUAGAAUUACAUGCUAGAGAACCACUGAAUUUUUGAACCAGUUCAUGGAAACGAUCUAUCCGAAAGAACUGGUUCGUAGAAAUGGAUCAGACUUCCCAUCUCUAACACUGCGUUUGAAUAUCCAUACUUCUCUACUAUAUAGUAUGCCAAAAACAGUAUGCCAAUGGAGUAGUAUGUCCAAAACCACAGUAUUCAUGGAGCAGAAAGCGAGAAAUACCCAGAUGACCCUACUAUUUCCGGCAAGAUUUUGAAGUGCUGAUCGACUGGACACAUAACGAUCCCAUAAUCCCUCGGGAGCUGAAGCUACAUCAUGUUUAAAAAAAUGGAAUUAAAGGAAUGGCGGUGAAUCGUGAGGUGGAUGCCUCUUUUCAGCUAUUGUAUAUGCCAGAAAAAAUUCAAGAAGACCAUGUCAACAAAAUCAAGGAUUUGUUUGCUUCUGAAAGCCCUGAAGAAAUUCCCCAUCAGCUUACAACACUUUUGGAGGUGUUUGGCCAUUUUAAGAUAGAUAUUGCUGUGACUGGAGAGUCUGGCGCAGGAAAGUCUACCCUUAUCAAUGCAUUCCUAGGACUGUGUCCUGAUGAUGCAGGGGCAGCUCCAACAGGAGUUGUAGAAACCACAAUGCAACCAACUAUGUAUCAGCUUCCAAAUCACCCACAGGUCAGGCUGUGGGAUCUUCCAGGGAUGGGCACCCCUACCUUUGCAUCCAAGACUUAUGUAAAGACAAUGAACUUUGACUCAUAUGACAUGUUUAUGGUCGUGAUGUCAGAGAGAGUCAGAGAAAACAACAUGCUUUUGAUUGAUGAAAUUCUGCGACAAAAGAAGCCAUUUUAUGUUAUCAGAACAAAAAUUGACAAUGAUAUGCGCACCCAGAAAAAGAAACCGCACUUCUCUGAAAUAAGUGCAUUGAAUCACAUAAGACAAGACUGCGAGAAAUAUCUGAAGGAAAAGCACUUGGACACCCAGGUGUUCCUAGUUUCAGCCCAUGACACAAUAAAUUAUGAGAUGCAAAAGCUCAUUAACACUCUUAAGAAUGAGGUUCCUCAACUUAGGGCAGAGGUAUUUUCAAGUCUUCUGGACAAGUUGUUGCAUGGAAGUUGGAUGACAGCAAGGCAUGUUAUGCAUCACAUCCAACAGACUGGAAAAAUGCAAGCUGAUGACAUCACAACGUUACAAAAUAUGUAUAAACGCAAAGGCUUUGGAGCUGUGAAAGUCAAAGUUGUACUAGAGGCUCUGAAUCACUUUCAGCUCGAUGUUGCCAUUUUGGGAGAGACAGGGUCUGGAGUAUCCACUUUGGUAAAUGCCUUAAAUGGGCUGCAACAUGAGGCAUGUGGUGAAGCAGCAACAUCCUUCAGCAACCCGACAAUGAGUCUUGGAUACCCAGACGUCCGGUUCUGGGACAUAUCAGGCAUAGAGGCAGUGAUGGAUUACUCAAUGUAUGAAAUGAAACAAGUUUUGGAUUAUAACGACUUCUACAUCAUCAUUGUAUCAGACUGGCAAAAAGCACGGCAUAUAAAAUUAGCCAAAGCUGUGAAUGAAUUAAGGAAGCAUUUCCUCUUGGUCCAGACAAAAGUAGACUGUCAGCUAAAGGCUCAAAGAGAUUUGUGCUGUGCCGAGACUGAGAUGCUUGAUGGACUACGGGCACAAUAUACCCAAGAGCUUCAGAUGGCAAACCUGGAUGAACUGCAAAUUUUUCUCAUCAACAGCCUAGACAGAAGUGGAUUUGAUUUUGUUGGUUUGGAGAGUGCACUGUCCAGUGACCUCAACAUUAUCAGGACAAAUGCUUUUGCAUAUUAUAUUGCAAAAAUAGUCAGGGACAAACAAUAACACAGAAACAUGUCAGAUUUCAAAUGAUUCUUUUUCUAUUGCACAUACCAUCAGACUUUUCAAAUUGUUUUACUUACAGCUAUUUUGGUUUAAAGCUCCUCUUUAAAACUGGUGUGAAAUAAAGUGUGAAGGGGAUCAGCAAAUAAUCUAUAAUAGUGCAAUAUCUCUGUGUACUGUAUAUUGGGUGUCUUAUAUCUGUGUAGAUUGUGAAUCUGUCUAUGAACCACGAUUAGCAAACUGCACUCAGAACUCUUGUUGAUGAAUAAAAUAGCAGUUCAUGUAAUACAAAUGUGGACAAAUAGAAUAUUAAAGUAUAAACUGAUGUUAA